CGAGACACGGAGACACCGAGAGAGAUCCCAAUAUCACAUAUUCCACACGCGUACACAAACACAAGGGAGAGAGAGGAGAGGAACAGUAGCACGCACCCCCACCACCUCCAUCUCUCUCCCUCUCCCUCGGCUCGAUCUCCUCCUCCUCCAUCGUGUCCAAACCAAAGCCAAACCCCGUCUCGUCUCGCCUCGCCUCGCCUCGCCCUGCGCGAGAGGUAGAAAUAGGAAGGGAAACAGGAGCAGCGCGUGCCGCCUGGGCCUCCUCCCGCUCCCCCUCCCCAACCGCCGAACCCUUCACAUUAUCGGUGCGCGCGCGCGCGAGAGGGGGGGCGCCCUGCCGCGGGAGUUCGCCGUGGUGGUGCGGACGGCGAGGGGGCUCUGUUGGGUUGUCGGCGAUGGCGAUCCGGGGCCCGGAGGCGUCGUCUUUCUUCCCCCUCACGCUCGUCUUCUCCGUCGGCUUCUUCUGCGCCCGCUUCUUCCUCGACCGCCUCGUCUACAAGCCACUGGCAGCUUACUGUUUCAGUAGCAAGGCUUCUAAGCUGAUGAAUGAUGAGGUCAGGCAAGCAAAGAUUGUCAAGUUCUCUGAGUCGAUUUGGAAGCUGACAUACUAUGGUUCUGUUCAAGCAUGGGUCCUCUUGAUAAUAAAGCAGGAACCCUGGUCGUUAGAUACAAUGCAAUACUUCGAGGGCUGGCCAAAUCAAUACAUGACGUCCUCAUUGAUGCUUUUCUACAUGUGCCAGUGUGGAUUUUAUAUCUACAGCAUUUUUGCUCUCGUUGCCUGGGAGACCCGCAGAAAAGAUUUUGCUGUGAUGAUGUCUCAUCAUGUUGUAACAUCUAUUCUGAUCGGAUAUGCAUAUCUGACUGGAUUUUUUCGGAUUGGGACAAUUAUUCUGGCUUUGCAUGAUGCGAGUGAUGUGUUUCUUGAGACCGCCAAACUGUGCAAAUACACAGAAAAGGAGCUCGGGGCUAGCUUGUUUUUUGGCCUUUUUGCUCUCUCCUGGCUUCUGUUACGACUGAUUUACUUCCCAUUUUGGAUAAUCAAAACAUCAAGCUAUCAGUCCAUCAUAUCUUUGAGGAAGCUGGAGAAAUUCCCAACAACAUUGUAUUACAUUUUCAACACAAUGCUCCUCACUUUACUUGUGUUCCAUAUUUACUGGUGGAAACUCAUAUGCUUAAUGAUAAUGAAACAAUUGAACAAUAAAGGACAGGUUGGAGAGGAUGUUCGAUCAGAUUCUGAGGAUGAAGAGUGAUGGAGCGAUUCUUUGACAACUGUGAUGUGUGCCAUUUCAUUGCUGAUACUUUUCUGUGCCUGCUUUUGGUACUAAAUUGUUUUGGUCUUGGCAAGCUUGGAGCAUAGAUAAGAAAGAUUUGCCUCUGUAUAUUGCCCUGUGGUAUCAGAAAUGGCUAGACCAAGAACAGAGCAGGUUCUAUACAUAACGGGUAUAGCUAGCAACUUACUUGAAGAUCCCUUCAUAAUUUUUGGUCCGUCUUUCUUUGUUAUUAGAAAAAGGCAUGAGAGGUCGUUUUCUGUAGCUUCUCCCAAUGCUUACAGACCCCUCUGUACAAUGUUUUUGUAUACUUUGACUGUGAGUAGGUUUAGUUCUAAUUCAUGGGAAUAAAUUGAUUUUUUCUACCAGGAGUAAUUCUGGCUAGCAUCUCAAUGAUGUCAUGUGGUGUGAAGAGUUUCAUGCA